AAAAUAAUCGUUAAAAACUAAUUGUUUUAAUAAAACUUAUAAUCAUUACGGUCCCUAAUUACUUUUAAUACAAACGAUUAAAGCUGAGCUGAGCGAAAACUAUACAAAAAUUAAAUGCCCUUUACUUUACUUUCAAAAACAUUCAACAUGCCAAAAAUACUUAAAUAUUUGUUCAUUUUCCUAAUUUUAAGUCCGUUAACUGCGUCCGCCAAAUUGAGUAACAACAGUACAGUGUGCAUUGACUGUCGAAAAGAGUCGGUGAAUGAGUGCAAAAUCGACGAGACCGGAUAUAAUUGUAUGCCAUUGCCCGAUUUACGUCAAGUCUUUAGUCCUCAGCUGGAUCAGGAGCUUUUGGAUGCAUUGAAAAAUGAUUUAAAUCCUCCGAGUACCAGCAAUUUGGACGUAUGCAUUCCGAAAGACUUAGACAUAAUAGGUGUUCAUAUCCUGAAGAGGAUAUCUACGCCUGUUGUGUUUGGUCACCGGAAAUGGGUUGCCAAAUCCUACAGUCGAAGUACUUCGAUGGAAAGAAUCCAUGUAUAACUUGUCGAGGGUUCCCUAAUAUGGAAGGUGUAGCACCAAAAUCGUGCCCCUGUAUAAAGCCCGAAAAUACUGGAACCAGCUUGGUAACCCUUAAUUUUUUAUCCUGGUGGAUGAUUCUUUGUGUCUGGUGCAGCCUAUAAAUUGGUGUCAUUAAUGUAUUCAAUUUCUUUUAUGUGUUUGAUACAUAUAAAUGGAUUCAAAAUUAAAAGUACAUAUACUCAGCUCAAUAUUUUGUAUAUAAGUGCUACACGGAUCGCCAAUCAAGGAACUUUUAGCCAUUCAGGGAAUACGCAAAAGUUUUUGGCUCCCAGCUUCAAGCAGCAGUGCCAGCGGAAGCGGAAGUCCGUUUUUUUUUUUUUUUGAUGUAGCAAUUGAAAUAGAAAUGAAGCACAGCAUCAACAGCAACGGCAAAAGCAAUGGCAAUGGCAAUGGCAACGGCAACCGAAAUGAGAAAAGUUGGGCAAGACUUUGGCGGAAAUGUGGCAAGUAAAUUGAAGUACCGACCAUACAAAGGCCAUACACCCAUGUCCAUACCCCCAAGGUCGCUCUUUAAAUCCAAAUUGUUGCCUUUUUGUUUGACAUAAUCGAAGGAUGUGGCCGGCAAUGUUCGUUCUGUUUGUUUUCUUAUUGCUGUUAUGUCUAUUCCUUUGCACAAUGGCAGCAAAAGAAAUUCAGGAAAGGAAAUGAAAGCAUUUUGUGGCGGUCAUGUUGGCACAUAAAAAAGUCAGACGACCAAUGGCAUACUUUUUAUUUAACGCUUGUAAUCGAGAAUUAACAUCACAAAUCUUCUUUCUUGCACAACUAAAUGGACAGAAAACACCAAAUACCUUAUGUUCAAACUACUACAGACUACAGGGCAUCAAAUCGACGAGUAGCCAACAGGCGCUUUGAUCCAUCCACCGGAUUAAAACGAAUAAUAAUACUGAGGGAUUGGUAGGAGAGCCGUAUUAAGGGGACAUUGAACCGCUAUUCCAUCGGACGGCGGCGAACAAGUCACUCAAUCACCAAAGUGUCCAGUCAAGCUUAUCAGAGCACCCGGAUGCCAGAGUUGCAGGAUGGCAGCCACAUCGGCAUCCCCACCGGCACAAUUUCCUCAGCGAAGGGAGUCCCUUUGUCCUUCUUUUGAUUAAAUGUCAAAACAAUUGCCGGCUGAUGCAAAAUCACAGCGCUGCUUGCGUAAUUGCCCAAUAAACCGGAAGCUGUGGAAAAAGAGCCAUUGAAACGGGUCCAAUCAAUACCUUUUCAAAACUAAAGUCCAAGGAUCUCUUUUUACAUCGCAGGGGUAGACUAUUCUGCAGCGAUACAAGUAUCUUUUUUAUCUUAAAACAAAAUAAAUUAAAAACUGCAAAAGGAAAUCGUUGAAAUAAUCAAUAAUGUCUGACUGC